AUGCAUAAAGCAUCAGAUUCUCGAAGACUUCGAAGUCCAGAUGGUCUCAAAUCUUCGGUUUUCAAAGCAAUUCGAAAUGUGAGGACAACUAUUGAAGAUGAUAUGGAAAACAUUCGUUGUCCCUUUGCAAAAAUGGAAGAUGAUUUGGAAAUUGGUGAUUUUCGAAUUUUUGCUAGCAGUGAAAUGAAUGAGGAAAAAAAAUUAACGCAAAAGUUACAAGAGAAAAAUCAUAAUGAGUCCACAGCUAUUUUUUCUUCUUUCAACGAACAAUCAUUGUUGAAUGAUACAAUUCCUACUGUACAAUGGAUUCAAGCUUGUUCUACCGGUAAUUUACAAACAGUUGGUAAGCUUAUAAAAGAAAAGCGUUAUUUGAUCACAUAUGCACCAGCAAUAAAUCAUGGCUUUAGUGGUUUACAUUAUGCUGCUAAAAAUGGUCAUAGUUCUGUGGUACGAUUUUUAAUAAUGAAUGGUGCUGAUGUUAAUCUUCGAACUAGUGGUUAUACGCCUCUUCAUCUUGCUGCAAUCGGUAAACAACAUGAAAUUAUUUCCAUUUUACUGCAAGAUUGUGGUGCAGAUCCAUCGAUUGAGGAUUACUCUGGACAUACUUAUCAGUACUAUCUUAGAAAUGAACAAGGAAUUGUUUCUGAUAAAAUCAAAAAUGGAAAUAUAAUUGGUAAUAGUAAAUAUGAACAACAUCAAAAUGAUACACAAUUAUCAUCAUCUACAACUGAAAUAAUGCAAUUUUCACGUCUAAAAUCUUUCAGAAAAGCAGUUCAUGGACGAAUGCGCUUUUUUACUGAUAAACAGCUGUAA